GAGUAAUAAAAACUAUUCUAUCGACUAUUGUUGUACCGAAUCUGUGAUAAAAACUAUCAAACGUUACCCAGGUCCCAAAUCAUCGUUUUACCGAAUGUAAUUCAAAAAGAUUCAAUGAUUCUAAAUUCAAUGGCUAAGAAUAUUUAUACAAACUCUCAUUCCCUAUUUUAUCCCCUUAGGGGUGGAAUUUAUCAAAAUCCUUUCUAAAGGGACGUUUACCUCAUAAUAUCCAUCUGCACGCCGAAUUUCAACCCAAUCGGUGUAAAACUGACAAAGCUUCAUACAAACGUUCAUCCCCUUCAUUACCCCAUUGGAGGUGGAAAUAAUCAAAAUCCUUACUUGGGGAUGCCUACGUCAUAACAUCUACCUGCAUGCCGAAUUUUAUCUGCAUCGGUGUAAAACUGACAAAGCUUCAUAUAAACUUUCACCCCCUAUUUUACCCGAUCGAUUUAAAACUGACAAAGUCCCAUACAAACUUUCAUCCCCUAUUUUACCCCCUUGGGGGUGGAAAUUAUCAAAAUCCUUUCACAGCGGAUUACUACGUCAUAACAUCUAUCUGCAUGCCAAAUUUCAACCCGAUCGGUUUAAAACUGACAAAGACUCAUACAAACUUUCAUCCCCUAUUUUACCCCCUUGGGGGUGGAAAUUAUCAAAAUCCUUUCACAGCGGAUGCCUACGUCAUAACAUCUAUCUGCAUGCCAAAUUUCAACCCAAUCGGUUUAAAACUGACAAAGUCUCAUACAAACUUUCAUCCCCUAUUUUACCCCCUUGGGGGUGGAAAUUAUCAAAAUCCUUUCACAGCGGAUGCUUACGUCAUAACAUCUAUCUGCAUGCCAAAUUUAAACCCGAUCGGUUUAAAACUGACAAAGUUUCAUACAAACUUUCAUCCCCUUUUUUACCCCCUUGGGGGUGGAAAUUAUCAAAAUCCUUUCACAGCGGAUGCUUACGUCAUAACAUCUAUCUGCAUGCCAAAUUUAAACCCGAUCGGUUUAAAACUGACAAAGUUUCAUACAAACUUUCAUCCCCUUUUUUACCCCCUUGGGGGUGGAAAUUAUCAAAAUCCUUUCUUAGCGGAUGCCUACGUCAUAACAUCUAUCUGUAUUCCAAAUUUUAGCCCAAUCUAUCCAGCGGUUUGGGCUGUGCGUUGA